AUGGCUACCCCUAGUGUCCUAGCUAUUGACGCUGAGGGUCGCGCCAUCGACUUUAAGGUCUGGGUCGACGACCUGCAGCUGUUCUUACAGUGCGAUAGAGCAGACGGCCUUUCUCUCUUUGACCUCACUUCUGGCGCCUCUCCUGCCCCUGCUGCUGAUGUUGACCCCACUGUUCGCUCUCAGUGGGCCACCCGCGAUGCUGCUGCACGUCUUGUUGUGCGUCGCCACCUCCCUACCUCUGAGCGCGCGCACUUUAGUCAGUACAAGAGUGCUCAGACCUUGUACGACGCUGUAAUUGCGCGCUACUCUUCCCCUGCCACUACUGCACUGAGCGGUCUCAUGCUUCCCUACCUCUUCCCUGACCUCUCUGCCUUUCCCACUGUCGCUGACCUCAUUACGCACCUCCGCACUAGUGACACUCGCUACCGCGCCGCCCUUCCUGCUGAGUUCUGCGCCAAGAACCCCCCCCCCAUGUACAUCACUCUCUACUACGUAGUCGCACGCCUCCCUGACUCUCUUCGCGUAGUCAGGGACCACUUUCUCUCAGUCUGUCCCACCACCCUCACUGUCGACCUCCUCGAGAAGGCCCUCCUAGCGGCGGAGAAGAGCAUCGUCGCUGUAGGAGCUUCUCGUGGUGACCCUUGCACCCCCAUCUUUGAGGGGUGCUCUCCUUCCCCCCUGCUACCCUCUGUUGCCUCUACUGCUGCUGCCGACCUACUUGGUCUUGAGUCGGUCGGCGCGGCGUCUGCCCCUAGUGGGAGACGCCGCUCUGGCAGGGGCAAGGGGGGCAAGGGCGCGGGUGGAGCUGGAGGGGGCGGUGGAGGUGGCGGUGGAGGCGGCGGAGGGAGUGGGGGUGGCGGCGGGAGUGGUGGCGGUGGUGGUGGUGGUGGCAGCGGCGACGGGGGCGACGGUGGUGGCGGCAGCGGUGGUGGUGGUGGCAGCGGUGGAGGUGGAGGCGGCGGAGGAGGCGGUGGAGGAGGCGGUGGCGGCGGAGGGGGUGGAGCUGGUCGGGGUGGUACCCCGCAGCGGAGUGGCGCUGGUGGUGGCCAGCGCCAGCAGCAGCACCAGCAGCGUUCGCGGGACAUCCCUCCGCCCCAGCAGCUCCGUGAGUGGUACACUCGGCGUCAGAGGGGUGGGGGUACUGGUCCGUGUACCUACGUCUUUCGCUCCGGCGACCGCGCGGGUGAGCAGUGUGGGGGUGCCCACCCCACCCUGCGCUGCUUUGGCCGCCUGACGGACGCUUGGCGUCAGCAGUUCCCCGGGGCUAGUGAGAUCCCUCGCUGGGAUGAGCUUCUUAGGGCUGGUGUAGCGAUCUUUGAUCUUGACUUUGAUGCUAUCCUUGCUGCUAUGUAUGCUGUGACUAUUAGUGAGGAGGGUGACUGUUACCGGUGUUUCCCGCCCGACCCGGGCAUUGGUACUGCUGCGCUAGGUGCUUGUGAGGCUGUUGCUCUAGGUGCCAGUGCGUCUGCCCUCUCAGGUACUGGUGAGACUGCGCUCUCAGGUACUGCGUCGCCUUCGUCCUCCCUCACUUUCACACUUGACUCCGGGGCUUCUCGCUCCUUCUUUCGAGACCGCACCACCCUCACGCCGCUUGGCCGGCCGGUUGCGGUCUCCCUGGCUGACCCCUCUGGGGGUCCUGUCCUCUCUCACUUUUCCACUGUCCUCCUGUGUCCGGCUGCCCCCUCGGGCACCCUGUCUGGUCUGUACCUUCCCUCGUUCUCGACGAACUUGGUGAGUGGUGCGGACCUACAGGAUGCGGGGGUUCACCAGUUCACUCCUGCAAGUCAGCGGGUGACCCACUGCACGGACGCACGCACCGGCCGGCACCUGGCCACGUUCUCGCGUCGGCCGGGGUCGAGCCUCUACACCCUGACCGCUGAGUCUCCUUCUGUCCCUGCGUCUCGUCAGGUAGCUGCGUUAGGUCAGGUAUUUGCUGCUGCGUCCCAGUCUGGCCCUGAGUCUGCCCCCUGUUCGUGUCGCCUCCUGUCUCACGAGACCCUCAAGUGGCACCACCGUCUUGGCCACCCCUCCUUGCCCCGUCUUCGGGGCAUGGCUUCCCGUGUCCUUGUCUCUGGUCUUCCCCAGUCUCUCCCUCCCCUUCCUUCGGGACCAAGACCUUUCUGUCUCCCCUGUGUCGAGGGGCGCCUCCGGGCUGCUCCUCACUCCUCCCAGUUUCCCCCGACGGAGGCUCCUCUGCAGACACUUCACAUGGACGUGUGGGGCCCAGCCCCCGUCCGUGGGCAGGGUCACGAGCGCUACUUCCUGUUGGUGGUUGACGACUACUCGCGUUACACCACAGUCUUCCCCUUGCGCAGCAAGGGUGCAAUCACUGAGGUGCUGAUCGACUGGAUCCGCGAGGCUCGUCUCCAGCUCAGGAGGAGCUUCGGCUCGGACUUUCCUGUUCUGCGUCUGCACUCUGACCGAGGCGGGGAGUUCUCCUCUCUCCUUCUGCGAGACUACUGUCGUGCACGGGGGAUCCGCCAGACCUUCACGCUUCCGGACUCUCCACAGCAAAAUGGGAUUGCUGAGCGCCGCAUUGGCAUGGUCAUGGAUGUCGCUCGUACGUCCAUGAUGCAUGCGGCUGCCCCCCAUUUUCUGUGGCCGUUUGCGGUGCGGUACGCGGCGCAUCAGCUCAACCUUCACCCCAGGGUCUCUCGGCCCGCGAUGUCCCCAGUCUUGCUGUGGACGGGAAAGGUCGGCGAUGCGUCUGCGUUCCGUGUCUCCGGAUCUAGGGCAUUUGUCCGCGACUUGUCUGCGGACAAGCUGUCCCCUCGUGCUGCUCCCUGUGUCUUCCUUGGCUUCCCUUCUGACGCUCCAGGGUGGCAAUUCUACCACCCCUCCUCUCGUCGUGUUCUGUCCUACCAGGACGUCACGUUCGACGAGUCAGUCCCCUUCUACCGCCUCUUCCCCUACCGCACUCCUUCCCUCCCCCCGCCGCCGGACUUCCUUGUGCCGGUUCCCCCCCCGGUAGACCCCUUCCCCCCUCAGGUUCCUGCCCCCUCAGGUGUGUCCCAUGUAGACGCAGUUGACCCGGUCGAGGUUACUGGUGACUCUGGUGCUGCUGCGGGUGCUGAGCCUGGGGGUGCUGACUCUGGGGGUGCUGUCCGCGGGGGUGUCGAGCUUGGAGGUGCUACUACUAGGGGUGCUGAGCCUGGGGGUGCUUCUGGUGAGGGUGCUGAGCCUGGGGGUGCUGAGCCGGGGGGUGCUUCUGGAGCUGCUGAGCCUGGGGGUGCUGUGUCUGGUGCUGCUGAGCCUGGGGUUUCUCCUGGUGCUGCGUCUCCGCGGGAGCCCCUCUCUCCACAGGAGCUGCGCGAGUGGUUUGCUCGCCACUGGAGGUGUACUGCUGGAGUUGGAGCUUCUUCGACAGUCGAGGGUGCUGGUGCCGCCGGUCCCGGAGCUGCUGGGCCUGCGGGUCCUACUGGAGCUGGAGAUACUGAGGGUGUUGGUGCUGAGACUACUGCUGUCUGUCCUGGCGGUGGUUCUGCUGCUGGUGCUGCUGGAGGUCCUACCGCUGGAGGUGUUGGUGGUGCUGGUGCUGCCGCUGAGGGUGCUGGUGCUGUCCCUGCUGAGUCUGGAGCUGCCGCGUGGCCUCGGCCGUACUUCGUUCCGCUCCUGCAGCAGGUUCUUGGUCUUUCUCCUCCGGUAGAGUGUCCACAGCCUGUCCAGUCGCAGUCACUGUUGGUGCCCACCUCCCCACUGCCUGCUCCCUCUCCUUACACAGGUCCUACUGGAGGUCUUGCUGAGCUUCGUGAGCCUGCGUCUCGUCCCGCGUCGCCUAUUCGUGCUGCUCGCGCUAGUGGUCGUGGUUCACGUCAGCGUCCUCCUCCUGUCCCUGGCACGCACCGGAUGUCUCUGCGUCCGUCCACUGCUCCUCUGCGUGCCCCUUUGCCUUCUCCUCCUGAGUCCUCCCUUCCUGUGCAUACCGACCCAGAGUCGGACUCCCUUCGUGCCGCUUGUCCUACUGUCACGCGUCUGCUUGCUACUGUCGUCACUGACCCCUCUUUUGAGUCCGCUGCUGCGUCUGCUCUUGUCGCUGAGCUCCUCGACUUUGCUGCUCGCUGUCGUCUAGACUACGCUGCUAGUCUUGUUGUUGAGUCUGCGUCUGUCUGUCCUUCGUCCGUCGGGGGUGAGUGUGCUCUUGGCACGGACGUCCUAGAGGACAGGCAGGAGGAGUUCCAGUGUCUGGCUGCUGCUUCACCUCAUCUCGCGUCUGUACUGCGUGCUCCUGAGGGAGACCCGGAUGCACUAGACAUCCCGACUCCGCGCUCUUACGCGGAGGCCGUAGAGGGUCCCUACUCCUCUCAGUGGCAGGCAGCUAUGGAUGCAAAGAUGGCUUCCUGGAAGUCCACAGGCACCUACGUUGACUCGGUUCCCCCGCCUGGGGCGAACAUCGUCAGUGGCAUGUGGAUCUUGAGGGUGAAGCGGCCGCCGGGCUCUCCACCUGUCUUCAAGGCGCGGUACGUGGCUCGUGGCUUCAGUCAGCGGCAGGGAGUUGACUACUUUCAGACCUUCUCUCCCACCCCGAAGAUGACCACUCUUCGGGGUAGCCUGCACGAGGAGAUCUGGCUGCGCCGUCCACCUGGCUUCACUGGCACUUUCCCUCCUGGCACCCAGUGGAGCCUCCGACGGCCAGUCUACGGUCUCCGCCAGGCACCGCGUGAGUGGCACGACACACUGAGGACUACGCUUGCGGCUCUUGGGUUUGCUCCUUCUACUGCUGACCCGUCGCUGUUUCUGCGCACCGACACUUCUCUGCCACCGUUCUACAUCCUCGUGUACGUCGACGACUUGGUCUUUGCCACAGCGGACACUGCUGGACUCGCCUACGUGAAGUCCGAGCUGCUGAAGAGACACACGUGCACAGACCUGGGUGAACUGUGCAGCUACCUUGGCUUGCAGAUCACUCGGGACAGAGCACGCCGCACCAUUACCUUGACUCAGUCACACAUGGUGCAGCAGGUCCUUCAGCGCUUCGGCUUCACGUACUCCUCGCCUCAGGCCACUCCUCUGUCUACUCGUCACUCGCUCUCAGCUCUGCUUUCGGAUGAGUCCGUAGAGUCGAGUGGCCCGUACCCAGAGCUUGUUGGCUGCCUCAUGUACCUGAUGACCUGCACACGACCUGACCUUGCAUACCCUCUUAGCAUUCUUGCACGCUAUGUUGCUCCUGGGAGACACCGACCAGAGCACAUGGCUGCAGCGAAGAGGGUAUUGCGUUACCUGUGCAGUACGUCGGGCAUGGGGCUAGUGCUUGGAGGGCGGAGUCCAGUGGUCCUUACAGGUCACGCGGACGCUUCUUGGGCUGACGACCAGGCUACGCAGCGGUCGUCACAGGGUUACACCUUCAGCCUUGGUUCCGGCUCUGUCUCGUGGCGGGCUACUCGCUCGUCUUCGGUUCUCAGCUCUUGUUGUGAGGCUGAGAUCUACGCAAGGGCCAUGGCUGCACAGGAGCUUUGCUGGCUCACCUACCUGCUGACUGACCUUGGAGAGCCGCCUCGUUCUCCUCCAGUGCUGUACGUAGACAACAAGGCCAUGCUGGCCUUGUGUCGAGAGCAGCGUCUGGAGCACAGAACGAAGCACAUUGCUCUUCGCUACUUCCUUGCUCAUGAGCUACAGCAGCGUGGACAGUUGCGGCUUGCGUACGUGGCCUCUGAGGCCAACACUGCUGAUGUGUUCACCAAGGCACUCGCGCCUUGUGACCAUCAGCGCUUCUGCACCCAGUUGGGCCUUGUACCUGUUUUGCCUCACUUGCUCUCCUCUUGA